GACAACAAGCACGCGCGAGUGGCUUUUCCCUUGAUUUUCCUCGAUAGUUGCUAUCCAGUUCGAUUGAAAAACCACUGGGAAAAGUGUGGACAGUGUGUCAAUAGAGUUUCCCGGGCAUUUUUCUUCACUCGUCAGUCGAGUGAUAAGAAAAACCGCGCAAUUGCGCUCCGCUGUGCAGUAUCUCGAGUGAUGUGGGUGUGAAGAAAAAACUGAAAAUUAUCCUUCUCAGAUUUUUCGCGAAAAUCACCUCCGAAAGGAGCUAUUAAGCGUGAAAAACGUGACCUGCGUGACCCAGUGUUGACUCUCCGUCUGUUGAUCGCGUGGAAAGGCAUCUGGCGAGUCUUCUCUGGCGCGAGGCGAUGAAAAAUCAAUAGUGACGUCACAGGAAGUUUUCACAGAAUCGUAACGCGAUGGGCAGCACAAAUCUCGUGGUGCCAGUGGUGCUGUGGGGCCCCUUCGCGCCCACCCACUGCGUCUCCAGUGUGUUUCUCUCACGUGACCAGCGCACACUGGCCACGGGCUGCUACGAUGGGCAGAUCUGCCUGUGGCAAGUGGAUCCGGACACCAUGCAAAUGACGCCCAGGUGUCUUCUGGUGGGGCACACGGCGCCCGUGCUGUGCCUCUCGCGCGCCUCCGUCAUCCAGGACAACAACUUCCUGGUCAGCUCCUCGGAGACGGGCGAGAUGUGCACGUGGGAUCUCGUGGACGGCAAGUGUCGCGAGUCCACGAAGCUGAGUCAGGUGCACACGAGCAUCCAGGCCUAUCACAUGUCCAAUUGCGACGACAUCAGGCUCUUCUGCAACGGCUACUAUGCGGAGAUCAUGGUGAUGGAUCCCUUCAGUCUGGAGGUCAUCUUCUCGCUGAGCUGCAAAGUCAAGCCAGACUGGAUUUCUGCUCUUCACGUUCUGCGGCCGUCGAAGCGCAAGGAUGACGUGGUCCUGGCUAUCACGACCACGGGAACGGUGAAGGUUUGGACGCUGAUCGGCAAUGAGAAUAAGUAUUCUGAGCCUAUUUAUGAGAAUGAGUCGAAACAGAUUCGCUGCCUGAACGCCAUCAUGAUGAGCUGCUGCUCCCAGAAUCAGCGAACUGUGCUGAUUGUGUGCGCCAAGUACUGGCAAAUCUACGAUGCCGGAGACUUCACCGUGCUCUGCAGCGUCAUCUCGCCGUCCGGCGAACGGUGGCUCGGCGGAGACUUCCUGGGUAACGAUCGCGUGAUCUUGUGGUCUGACGAAGGCAAGGGAUAUCUCUAUCGUCUGCCCGCCAACUGUAUUCCUGACAACAAGGAAUUCCACUCACAGGCCGUUGGCAAGGACUCUCCAUUCCUCUAUUGUGUUCUCUCGCAGACCGGCGAAAAGCCUCUUUCUUGUCCGCCCGCGAUGAAACUUGUGCCGACAACUCGUGGCGGGAAGACGCAGAAGUAUCUUGUGCGUGGCGAUUCGGAGGGCUUCGUGACAAUUUGGACGGUUCCUGACAUGACUGUGGAGGAGAUCAAGAAGAUGCAGACAGACAGAACACCUCCGAAUGUGCUGAAGUCGACAAUCUGCACGAGUGUGAAUGACACGUGGAAUUUGAUGACGCCAUCGCCAGUGGGAAUCCUGGAUCAGCUGAAUCAUCCCAGUGAGAGUAUUAUAAAGCUCACGGCGAGCAUUUACUUGCCGCAGCAGAGUCGCUUGGUGGUGGGACGCGAGGAUGGCUCCAUUAUCAUCGUCCCGGCGACGCAGACGGUCAUGCUUCAGUUGCUGCACGGAGUGCACAAGAACUACCACGACUGGCCGCCGCAUCAGAUCCUCACGGGACAUCGUGGGCGUGUGAAUUCGCUGCUCUGCCCAUCGCUGGCGCAUCCGCGCUACGACAAGUCGCAUCUCGUGUCUGGCGGAGUGGAUUUCGCGGUGUGUUUGUGGGAUUUGUACAGCGGAACGCUUCUGCAUCGCUUCUGUGUGCACGCCGGUGAGAUCACGCAGCUGCUGGUGCCGCCCAACACGUGCAGUCCGAGGAUUCAGAAGUGCAUCUGCUCCGUGGCGUCUGACCACUCGGUGACGCUGCUGAGUCUGCAGGAGCGCAAGUGUGUCACGCUCGCCAGUCGACACUUGUUCCCAGUGGUGAGCAUCAAGUGGCGUCCGCUGGAUGACUUCCUCAUUGUCGGCUGCUCAGAUGGCACGGUUUAUGUGUGGCAAAUGGAGACUGGACAUCUGGACAGAGUGCUGCACGGAAUGCUGGCUGAGGAAGUGAUGUCGGCGUGCGAUGAGAAUGUGGCGGAGACUUCCUGUGGCUCCACAUCGGAGAUGGGCUUGGCCAAUCCCGCUGUGCACUUCUUCAGAGGACUUCGACAUCGCAAUUUAUCCGCCAUUCGCCAUGCAACACAGCGAGGAAUUCAUCAAUUGCAGCAACUUCAUGCUCAUGGCAAUCAACAUGCGGACUUUCUGCUGAAGAACCGAAGCAGUCCGCUGUUGAUUCAAGGCUUGAGGACAAAUCCCAAGGAUGCAGAGAGUCACAUUCUCUUCUUUGACAUUGAGGGAUUGAUCUUUGAGCUGCACAGCGAGGAAUAUGCUCUGAUGACAGCCGAAGCACUCGAAGCUCAAGAGGCUGGAGCUCAAGCGGUUGGUCAGUUGCCAUCUCACGAUGCGGGGAAGAAGAUUUCAGACUUCUUCGGGAAGGUUAAGACAAAGGCGGGUGACGUGGAAAAGAUACUUAAAGAGAAAGACAAGCAUGGGAUACUGCAGAAGAUGAAGGAAGGAGCGGAGAAUGUGCAAACGAAGAUACAAGCCAAGGUGGAGAGUCUUAAGCAAGUGGGCGAAAAGGGUGAGUGUGUGUUCGAUUUAGACUCUAUCGCUAAUGCAGGAGGUUGUGGUGUGGGUGUAUUGGGAGAUGGAGGAGCUGUAGUUGUGCAGGGCAUUCAUGUAGCACUGAUCCGAGCAUCUCCUGUACUCGCCGGCGAGAUGUUCAUUCAGGAUGUUGAAGUAUCUCACCAGCGGUUCGAAGCACGGUCGGAUUUUGUCGAAGUCCUGCGCUCGACUGGCGUACGAUCGCACGGAUCCCUUGGCGUGAUCGAGAUACGUGAGCGCGUGAGCGAGAAGAUUGCUGGGAAUGCCGUGCAAUUGGAUUUGAUUGAGGUACUCAUCGACGCGCGGAAGAACACUUUGUCCGCCGCUUUGAUGGUGUUGUUGAGGAGAAUUGUCGUAGUCGCCGCUGUGAUCGUAUUGAUCGGCUUCUCUGGUGUACGCUUGAUCGUCUCCAUCGUGCUCCUCAUCGUCGGCAGCGAUGUAGUUUCUUCCGCCGCUCUGGCCGUAAAACUGAUUGACUGGAUCUUCUUCCUGCUGAGCUCUGUUGUGAUAAUCCUGAUCAUCGUAAUCCUGCUCCUCCUCCUCAUGCUCCUCAUUCUCGUAAUGAUUAUCCUCCUGAUGAUCUGCGUUGGACUGAUGACCAUCAAUUCCACGAUUCUGAUACCUUCGACUGGGAAGUGUAAAAAGACACACAAUUUCUCACCUGUUCUGACACAGACACCAGCAAAAUCACCAGAAAUAUCCCAAGGAGACUCUUCGCGAUCAUCGUUACUCAAUGCAAGUGUUUCGCAAAAUGGUUUGGGGGAGGCGAACAAGAAGGCGACACCGCGAAUGGAGGCGACGCACGUGAUGGAAGUGGCGCAGCUGCUGCUGUCGCUGAUUCACUCGUGGGGCCUGGAUCCGCAUCUGGACAAGGUGUGCGAGACUCAGCUGGGUCUGCUGCGCCCAAUGGUGCCCGUGUCGUAUGGCGUGCUGUCCAAGGGUGGCUACAUGAGUCUGAUGCUGCCAACGUGGCAGAACACCAUCAGUCUGCCGGCCAGCACAGAUUCCAUUCUGCCUGUGUCCACGCAGGCGGCGCUGGCGGAUCAAAUCCGCCUGGACACGCUGACGAAGCUCUUCACGGCGCGUCUGCACUGGGAAUUGAGCACGACACUCACGUCCAAUCACUUGCUGGCCAUGGUGGCCAUGUCCAACACGCUCAUGUCCAUGAACAUGGCCAGCUUUCUGCCGGAGACGGAGCGCACGAAGAAGCUCCAUCGCCAGGCGACCAGAGUGUCGGCGUCGUGGACGACUGAGGAUGAGCACGAGGAGAUGUACACGCAGCAGCAGGCGCAGAUCAAGCAGGGCUGGAGUCUCCUGUCCACGCACCAUUGCUUCCUGCUGCCGGACAAGAUUGACGCCAUGGAGCCGAAGAACUUUAAGAGGCCUCAAGUGGAGAUGAUGGCCAGACGCUGGCAGCAUCACUGCAUUGAGAUCCGCGAGGCGGCGCAGCAGAUUCUUCUGGGCGAAUUGGGUCGCAUGGGGAAGAAGGGCAGGAAGCUGCUGGUGGAGAAUUGGGCACAGUUUCUGCCGCUGUACACUCAGCAGGAGCCAAUUGCGCAGCAGCCGCCGACGCCCAGUCAGCCGAAUCCGCCGGGAACGCUGACGCCGCCAGUGCACGCGGAACAGGUGGAGGAGGAGUUCGAGGAAGAGGAGGAGGAAGUGAUCAGAAAGCCCUCGUCGCUGGCUGAACUCAAGCGAAAGCAGGCGUGUGCGGUGAUUCUCCUGGGCGUGAUUGGAGCGGAGUUUGGUCAGGACAUCUCAAUUGAGGCGGGCGGAGAGAAGCAGCAACAGCAGCAGCAGCCGAAGCGCUCUGGUGAUCAGCGACGCAAGAGUUCUGUGGUCGAGGGCUUUGGCAUUGGGAAUAAUAAUCUCGCCAGGCUCACGUCCAUGGCACUCACGCAUCUUCUGCUGGCACCGCCGACACCCAAGCUGCCCGCCUUCACGCCACUCCGUCGGGCGGCGAUUGAUCUGAUCGGGCGGGGAUUUACGGUGUGGGAGCCGUACUUGGAUGUCAGCAAAGUGCUGCUGGGCCUGCUGGAGAUGUGCUGUGACUCCAGUCGCUUGAUUCCCAGUUUGAACUACAAACUGCCACUCACGCCGCAAGCGGACGCCUGCAGGACGGCGCGCCAUGCGCUCAGACUCAUCGCCACGGCUCGUCCGGCGGCGUUCAUCACGACGAUGGCGCGCGAAGUGGCGCGCUUCAACACGCUGCAGCAGAAUGCUCAGACGCUGAGCACGCCACUCACGCAAUCCGUGCUGUACAGGGCGAAGAAGGAGAUUCUGCAGUGCGUGGAGAUGCUGAUUGACAAGAUGCAGACAGACAUUGCCAAUCUCCUGGUGGAGGUCAUGGACAUCACGCUGCACUGCGUCGAUGGCACGGAGCUGAAGAAUAAGCCGCUGCAGGACGUCUGUCCGGCCAUCUGCAAGUUCAAUCAAGUCUCGCACUGCUUCGGGACGCGCAGAAUCGCCGUGGGCGCCAGCAAUGGGCACCUGGCCAUCUAUGAGUUGCGCCACAACAAGUGCCAGAUGAUUCCGGCCCACACGAAUCCCGUCACGGCGCUGGCCUUUAGUCCUGACGGCAAGUUCCUCGUCAGCUACGCCUCGGGCGACAAUCGCCUGUCCUUCUGGCAAACCAGCACGGGGAUGUUCGGCCUGGGCCAGAGUCAGACGCGCUGCAUCAAGGGCUACUCCACGGCGCCCAUUCCCGAUGUCACGCGACUCAAUCCGAUGCGCCUGGCCAAGCUGAUCUGGAUCAACAAUCGCACAGUGACUCUCAUGCUGGCCGACGGCUCUGAGACGCGCUUCAAUGUUUAGGCGCGAGAGCAGAGAGAUAAGGAAGGUAAGCUAUAUUCCCAUCAGCACGUAUUAUUUCCCCCUGUUGUUAUUAUUCCAAGUGUUACCGCAUAGUUUUAGCGUAAUCCAAAAGUGUGAUUCCAUUGGAAGAUGUGUAUUUUAUUCUAUAUGUUGUAUGUGUUUAAAAAAAGGGAGAACAUGUACUUGAGAAAAUUA